AUGGCCAGUGUUUUGUUUAAAUCAGCAUCCAGCUUUAAUGAUUUUGGAGAUGUUCGUGCACCGAGUCUUGACUUGCCCACACCAUCUAGAAUCCUUAGCCUCAUAUUCUGCUCUAUCCCAGUCUCUUUUCUCGAUCGCAGCUUUAAACUUUUUGAACUGUUUAAAGUUUGUCCGGCCAAGAUUAUACGCCAUGUCGACUAUGGCAUUCUGCACAGAACAACAAAGAGCGUGGAAAGUGCUUUUGCCGAUCACAACUUCAGCGUCAACAAUGGCCGUUUUCAAGCUGCUGUCCAGGAGCCUUUCGAUGUAUUCAUCGUCGAGGCAAGGAACGCAGGAAUAUUUAGAUGUUUCACCGUAUAUGGAGCAGCAAGGACAUUCUUUAUUCCAUUUAGUUAAAGGGCUCUUUAAAAACGUGUUGAAUACCUUGUCUGCUGUACCUUGGUGUUGCUCUCUCGGGUUUACUUUGAUAAAUUCUUCUCUUGCGCCAUCCUUUUGCAUGUUAAAGCCAUAACCGAUAGUUCUCUUUCCGCGUGUAUCAAGAUACACGCAUCGCUUGUAGCCUUCAUGCUGUUUGAUCGAUGGUUUUGGGUCACAUUUUUCAGCUUGAACAAAACAUUUGAGGAAGACGCACGAGAAAACAAGUAACAGAAGAAUCUCUUUCCGCUCCAUGCCUCGUGGUUGAUAUCUUGUUUAAUGUUCUCUCAUGCAAGCGCAGAUGAACAAAAUGUUUCAAUGUCUACUCUGCACCAAGCUCUCAGUUCUACGCUAGCCCGCUCCUCCAACCAUCCCCACCCACGAACUUUGUUUGUCUGGUUUUUAGGGAGAAGAGAAACUAAUUUCCAAUUUUAGUUCUUACCGGUUUCAAGCCUCUUUUAAAAAGGCCACUAUGAGUUACAGAACUGUCAUUAAAAUUAUAUAUAUUUUCUAAAAUCAUAAAAUUUAUAUUUUAGGGGGGUAUAAAAGCAGUUUUUCACUAUGUGGUAGCAAGUAAGCAAGAAGCGUUCGAUAAAUGGCCUCAGUGCGUGACAUUCUCGGAAAAACAGGAAGGCGUCAACAAUGCGUCACUAAAUAGCCAGAAAGUCUGAACUUGUCUAUUGUUUUCAAGGUCGCAUGACAGUCGCAUGAUUUUUUCAACCAAUAAGCUAGCUUGUGAAUCAGUGAUUAGUGGUUUAGCACUUCAAACUCUUUCUCAUUUCAGCUGGAGUAAUUGUAUUUGUUGUGGUCAUUCUUAGGAAGGUGGUGUUAUGUCUGUUUAUUCUCUCUGAUGAGAUCAAUGAGUGUCUUAAAGGUUGCAAAAAAUCCAAAGAACUUUAUUGCGAAUUACUUUUCCAGAAGAUAGGGGGGUUUAUAAAUGGAGAGAAUCUUCAAUUUGGUAAGGAUAAUAUUCGGGACGGUUUUAAACGAGAACUUCCAGUUCCACAAGGUAUAGAAAAUGGAACCUAUGCACCUGGUGAUCAUGAUUAUGGCAUCGUGGUUCUUGUGAAAGAUGACAACAUAUGUGUCAGUGAGCUUAAUCUCACCAAGUUGACCAGACUUUGUAAAAAAAAGGGAAAUAAAAUUUUUAUUAUUGUUAUGGUGUAA